CGCCCAAAAGCACGAUCAACACCAUGGGAGCCGUCGAUGCCGCCGUUGCUUGCGCGGCCUCCUCGACGCCGUCGUCUUCCGCUCUGGCGAACGGCGCCACCAGUAAGAAUCUCCCAGCUGUGCAGACGGUGGCGCCCAUGCCUGAAGACACGCUUGAGAACAUGAGUAUUACGUCAAAACUGGAGAGAGCUCUGGAGAAGGUGGCGCCACUGCUGAGGGAGAUCUUUGUGGACUUUGCGCCCUUCCUGUCGCGCACCCUGCUGGGCAGCCACGGACAGGAGCUGCUCAUCGAAGGUACGCCGACACGGCUCGUGUGCAUGAAGUCGAGUACGUCAGUGGUGGAGCUCGUUAUGCUGCUUUGCUCUCAAGAGUGGCAGAACUCCAUCCAGAAGAACGCCGGCUUGGCCUUUAUUGAGCUCAUCAACGAAGGAAGGUUGCUGUGUCACGCCAUGAAGGACCACAUUGUCCGCGUGGCCAACGAGGCCGAGUUCAUCCUGAACAGACAGCGAGCCGAGGACGUCCACAAACACGCCGAGUUCGAGUCCAACUGCGGCCAAUACGCUGCCGAGAGGCGAGAGGAAGAGAAGAUGUGCGACCACCUGAUCAGCGCCGCCAAGCAUCGGGACCACGUGACGGCCAAUCAGCUGCGGCAGAAGAUCGUCAACAUCCUCACCAACAAACAUGGCGCCUGGGGAACGCUGGGCCAGAGGCCGCCUCACGACUUCUGGCGUCUGGACUACUGGGAGGACGACUUGCGGCGGAGACGGCGAUUCGUCAGGAACCCGCUGGGCUCAACGCACUUGGACGUGUCGUGCAGAACCCUGCAGGAGUACGUAACAGAAGAGGACGAGCUGGUCAAGUUGAAGACUUUGGUCUUCCCCGGCCAAAGUGUUCCGAGCCAGAGCCCCGAAACGGAGCUGAUCCUAGAGGGAGACGACGACUCCGUCGGCCUGCUGCAGGAAAAGGAAGUGGACAACCUGGGUGGCCCGGUGGUGCUGAGCAGCCCGGCCCAGCUGGUCGCGCCCGGCCUGGUGGUCCGUGGGACCCUCUCCAUCAGCACCAGCGAGAUCUACUUCGAGGUGGACGAGGACGACCCCGCCUUUAAGAGGGUCAGCCCCAAGGUAAUCUCCACGUUGUGUAGUGGAGCCGAGUGGAGUGCAGGUGCUCUUAAUCUCGUUGUUUUAUUGAGACACUUCUCUAAGGUCUUGGCGUACACGGAAGGCCUGCACGGGAAGUGGAUGUUCAGCGAGAUCCGGGCCAUCUUCUCCAGGCGUCACUUGCUGCAGAACACAGCCGUGGAGGUCUUCAUGGCCAAUAGAACGUCCGUCCUUUUCAACUUCCCUGACCAGGCGACGGUGAAGAAAGCGGUCCACGGUCUUCCUCGAGUCGGGGUGGGGACCAGCUACGGACUUCCUCAAGACAGGCGGAUCUCGCUGGCCGGCCCUCGGCAGCUCUUCAAGUCAUCUAACAUGACGCAGCGCUGGCAGAGGAGAGAAAUCUCCAACUUUGAGUACCUCAUGUUCCUCAACACCAUCGCAGGCAGGACCUACAACGACCUGAACCAGUACCCGCUCUUUCCCUGGGUGCUGGCCAGCUAUGACUCACAAGAGCUGGACCUCACCCUGCCCGCCAACUUUAGAGAUCUCUCCAAGCCCGUCGGCGCACUCAACCCCAAGCGCGCCGCCUUCUUCGCCGAGCGCUUCGAGUCGUGGACGGACGACCAGACGCCGCCGUGCCACUACCGCCGCUACUGCUCCACCGCCGGCUCCGCGUUGCACUGGCUCGUCAGGAUGGAGCCGUUCGCCACCUUGUUUCUCAGCGCCAACAACAACCGAUUCGACCACCCGGACCGAAUCUUUUCCUCCGUCGCCCGCUCGUGGAGGAACUGUCAGCGAGACACCUCAGACGUCAACGAGCUGAUCCCGGAGUUCUUCUACCUGCCGGAGAUGUUGGUCAACGCCAACGGCUACCAUCUGGGAAUGCGGGAGGACCGCGCCAUGGUGGGCGACGUGGACUUGCCGGUCUGGGCCAAGACCCCCGAAGACUUCGUGAGGAUCAACAGAAUGGCGCUGGAGAGCGAGUUUGUGUCGUGUCAGCUGCAUCAGUGGAUUGACCUCAUUUUCGGCUACAAGCAGCGCGGUCCCGAGGCGGUGCGCGGCCUCAACGUCUUUCACCACCUGACCUACGAGGGCGGCGUCAGCCUGGACGCCAUCGCCGACCCUUUGACCAGAGAGGCCACGGAGGCGCAGAUCCGGAGCUUUGGACAGACGCCAUCUCACUUGCUCAUCGAGCCACAUCCUCCACGCAGUUCCGCCAUGCACCUGAGUCCUCUGAUGUUCAAGGACCAGCUGCAGCAAGACGUCAUCAUGGUGCUGAAGUUCCCGUCCAACUCGCCGGUGACGCACGUGGCGGCCAACACGCUGCCGCACCUCGCCGUGCCGGCCGUGGUCACCGUCACGUGCGGCCGCCUCUUCGCCGUCAACCGAUGGCACAACACGGUCGGACUGAGAGGAGCGCCAGGAUACUCCCUGGAGCAGGCGCAUCAUCUCCCAAUCGAGAUGGACCCUCUGAUCGCAAACAGCGCUGCGAGCAACAAGCGUCAGAUCACAGACUUAGUGGACCAGAGCAUCCGGAUCGGCACGCAGUGCUUCGUGGUGACAGCUGACAACCGCUACAUCCUGGUGUGCGGCUUCUGGGACAAGAGCUUCCGCGUGUACUCCUCGGAGACAGGAAAGCUGACCCAGAUUGUGUUCGGCCACUGGGACGUGGUGACGUGUCUGGCCCGGUCCGAGUCGUACAUCGGGGGCGACUGCUACAUCGUGUCCGGCUCCAGAGACGCCACUCUUCUUCUGUGGUACUGGAGCGGCAGGCAUCACAUCAUCGGAGACAACCCCGUCAACAGCGACUACCCGGCACCACGAGCUGUCCUCACGGGUCACGAGCAGGAAGUGGCGUGCGUGGCGGUCUGCGCAGAGCUGGGGCUGGUCAUCAGCGGGGCCCAAGACGGUCCGUGCCUGGUGCACACCAUCACGGGGGACCUGCUGCGAGCGCUGGAGGCUCCCGAGAGCUGGAGGCGGCCCCGCCUGAUCUCGGUGUCCAGCGAGGGCCACUGCAUCAUCUAUUACGAGCGCGGACGCUUCUGCAACUUCAGCAUCAACGGCAAGCUGCUGGCCCGCAUGGAGCUCGACGACAGCAGCAGGGCCAUCCUUCUGAGCAGCGACGGGCACAAUCUGGUGACGGGCGGCGACAACGGCGUGGUCCAAGUGUGGCAGGCGUGCAGCCUCAAGCCGCUGUACGUGUACCCGGCCUGCGACGCCGCCAUCAGAGCCAUGGACCUGUCACAUGAUCAAAGGACUCUCAUCACUGGGAUGGCUUCGGGAAGCAUCGUAGCGUUCAACAUCGACUUCAACCGCUGGCAUUACGAGCACCAGCACAGGUACUGAGCGACAACUGACGGGACACUCCGAGACGAGAUGUCGGGUCCGGCAGCAAUCUCGGCCGCCUUGAGCGCCGUUCAGCAUUGAGUCGCUUUUCUUCUGGGCUUACGUCAAGACUGAGGUCCGGAACGUGUAAAUAUGCAACAAAUGUUUCUGAGACUUGCUCGUGAACUCGAAAAACAUUCAUACAAACCAGUUACAAGUCAUUAUGGACUUAUUUGGGAAGAUGUGUAGAUUAGAAUUUUUUUUUUUUUUUUUUUUUAAACAUUGUAAAGCAGGAUGAUGUCAUUUACGUCAAAUUUGUGCAUUUUAAACAUCCAGAGAGUCACAUGGGACAGGACCAUUAAGAGUUUCCAUGGUAGUGAAACAAAUGCAAUUAAAUGAGGUGAAAAGUGGGCGUUGCGAGCAAAUGAAUGUGACAUUUACAGGAAGGGGGACAAAAAUGUUAGGAGGUGUUUUCCCCCGCUGCUUAUGCGUUGAGGGCAAAAUCAUAGUGCCCAUUAACUCCAUUAAUUUGUCACUGACUUCACUCACAUUAAAACUCUCCUCUUAUGUUAAAAAAAAAAUCAGAUAUAAAAUAAUAUAUAUACAAUAUAUUAUAAUAUAUAAAUAUGUUAUAAUAUUGUAUAAAUAAAAUAUUUUUAAAAUUUAUGUAAAAAGAAAAAUUGCGAAAACCUUUUGUUGGCCCCGUUUUUUUCUUCUUUUGUUAUCCACUUUUUGCUUUAUUUUUGAAUUUGCGAAAUCCACCCGAAUGCUUGCAUCAUGCUAUAUUAAAUCUAUAGACGCAACUGGUUUAAAAAGCGAGGGAGAAAUGUCUUAAUUCCUACCAAAUGUAUUUGCAAAUACACACGCAAAUCGCAAAGCGCUCCUUGGCAGAUAGCGCUGACUAAAAUCCAAUGUGAACAUUUGUGCUUUAAGCCAUCAACCUGUAGCCUUCCAACAGAAAUAUGAUUUUAAUGAUCAUGCAGUAGUUGAUUUGAAAUGAAUAAAUACGUCCUAAAGCAACGAUUAGGGUUUUAAAAAAAAAAAAAAAAAAAAAAAAAAAAUGUUGAUUUUGUUCAGUUUUUAUUUGGGCACAUGUGCAUUGUAGCGUGUUAAUCAGGGUGUUUUGUUUUGUUUUGUUUGUUUAACACAACGACAACAACAACAAUCAUGUUCAAACACUUGUAGCAAAUAGUGGAUGUAGCUUUCAUGACGUCACACUGUCGAAGGUUUUUCCAUCCUCCCCGGUAAUAAGCGGAUCUGAUUUGCACAACUCAUUUAUUAUUUUUUUUUUUUAUUCAUUUCUAUUCAGUGGACUCUUGCCAACACAUUUGACUCUCCUUUUUGUCUUCUGGGUCAAAUUGACCCAAGUAAGUUUUCCAAAUGAAAUUUAUGAUUUUAUUGGAAAUUAUUAUUGGUGUGAUAGAUAUACUGUUUUAGCUAUUACCUAAAAAAACAUAUAUACAUACAUUAAUUAAUAUUAUAGAUUCAUUUGACUAUCAAAGUUUAGUAGUUUAAAGAUGGAAAUUCCUGCCUCAUUUUGAUGUAAAAUAUUUUUUUUUUUUUUUUUUAAGUAAGAAUAAUUUCUUGAUGUCGGAUUUUGGGCUUUUGGUACAAUAGAAUAAUCAAAUAUAAACAAUAGAAAUUGUUGAUUGUGUGUAGUUGAUCAAAAUAUGACUUCCCCUUGAGAAUUGAAUGACUGAAAUGCGUUUCCUUUUAUGACGUUCUAAUUGAUUGAGAUGCACUGGUGUAGAAUGAAAAUACUAUAUUUGAAUCCUCAUGAAUUCAAGUUGUGAUUGUCCAAUCAGCUGGAGUGACUGUCAACAUGUUUGUGUCCGUGGUAAUGCUUCAAAGACAUUUUGGUAAACGAGACCCUUUUUACUUUGACUUAUCCUGUGGUUGUUUUUACUUUUUCCCCGCCCCCACAGUACAGUUGUUAAAAAAAAAUAAUAAAAAAAAAAUAACAAUAAUAAUCAUGCGGUAUCCUGUGCGCUCGGAAGUAAUAUGAAAAAUUGACAGGAACUGAGCAGUAAUUUACAUGAACCAUAAUAAAAGAAGUUACAGCAGAUAUGCAAAUAAAUUUAUAUUUUGUGGCACUCUUAUGAGACGAGAGUUUGUUUUCAUUUUCAUUUGAGAAUAGUUUUGUUUCAAUUAUAUUAAUUUGUUAAUGGUAUUUAACUGUACUUGUUUAUGCUUCUUUGUUUUAUAUUCUUCCAUGAUGUUUAAUUGACUUCAUUUUUAUCAGUAGCGUUUUUUAAUAAUAAUAAUAAAAAAAAUGUCUGGGAUAUUUCAUCUUCAGAGGUUAUUCAUGCAAACGUGUUGAAAAAUGUGGAUUGAAGUAGCUCAUUGAUGAAUGUUUGCUGUUUUUCCAAGUGCUUGUACUGCCACCUGCUGUCUGUCUGCUGUUACAACAGGGGUUUACUUAGAAAAUGUAAUGCAACAAUUGUUU